AUGUAUACUGACAAAAAUAAACCCUUAGUCAUAAAUAUUAGCAGAAUUUCUUUCGAAUUUUGCUAUCUACUGGAACAAGAAUGGAGUAUAUUAUAUUUAACAAAAUGCAUCACAGGCACUAUACUUGGAGUAUUUUCUGCCUUUAUAUUUCCUAUAUUUGCAAUCAUAGCUCUCAUAACGAAUUCAAUGUUUGUUUAUGUAUUUUUCAAGAAUAGAUCAAGUAUGCCAAGACAUAUGAUCUACAUGUUAUGUGUCUCAGUGUCGAGUGUACUUACCGACUUCUUUGUUGGUUGGUUAUGGUUGUUUCCGAGUAGAGGAUUACCUUAUGCAACAAAAGGUAGAAUUUAUUUUUCAAUGCUCUUUUUAUCAUCAGCUUCAUGUCAAAUUUAUCGAUUUUUACACUCAUUCACUUCAACAUCAAUUGUGAAUCUUCUUGUUCUCUCAGCAAUCGAUCGGUGUUUAGCAAUAAAAGCACCGAUCAAAUUUGCAAAAGUACAGCCACGUCAUGCUUGGUGGGCAUGUAGUAUAGUGUAUGGAUUGAGUUUUUUAAUGAUGCUACCAUUUGGACUUCUUGUUACUUGGCAUCAAGUAAAGAAUGAACGCUUUUGUUGGGUUAAACUAUCAGAUAAAUUUCUACACAUUUAUCAUACACUAUUUUCUAAUUUUGGACCAAUACAAACGAUCAUUUUGUUAUUUUUAAAUUUAACCUUUCUAUUAUGCACACGAAAGUAUUUAAAAAAUCGAUUUCUUCAACAAUGCACAACUAAUCCGUCAUCGAUGAAUCGUAGAGAGAUUCGAAUCUGUUUAUUAAAUUUAAUAUUAUCUUCAUUUUACAUUGCUAUCUCAUUACCACAAGCUAUAUGUUUAUUAUUAGCCAGAAUACCAUUACCCAGUAUGACUAGAGUACACAGUGGAAUAGCCUAUGACAUAGCUCAUUUGAUGUGGUCAUUGAAUUCCGUUCGAGAAAUUGCCGAUUUCAUUAUCUAUGCUAUUUAUUUCAAACCAUUAACUGAAUUAUUACUGAGCUGUUAUUUGAAUAUCACAUUUUUAUUUCAUAGACGCUUGAAACGUUUUAUGAAUAAUAAUAAUCAUAAUAAAAAUGAUCAGACAAUCAUUCAUGUUAUUGAUAAUUCAAAGUAAAUUUUUUUACAGUACAAUUAUAAAUAGAAUUUUG